GCAGUGACCAGUAGUUAGGACAAUGACAAAUAGUGGUAGCUAUACAAACGACUAUCCCUAAAAAUAUCUCAGGAUCUGUGUAAGAAAACUAACCUCACUGUUACUGUUUUCAAACAGGUUUGUUUUAUUGACACAUAGUUCAAUUUUCGAGAUUUGACCAAGAAGGUGGGAAAACAACAUCAAGGAUGUACUUGAUUUUGUACUAUGGUCUUAUUGUUAUUGGUUGUAUUCCUGUUUUGUAUCGAAUUCCGAAAGUGCAGUACUACACCAGAUUCACUGUUUUCUGUGGGGUGAUUCUACUUGGGUCAUUCUACUACGCUAUCAGAUUGGCUUUUCAUGGGCGGAGCUAUCAAAAUGCUUGGAGGUAUAUAAAAAUUAUGUCUUUUUCUGGGCGGUUGAUUGGUUUGCAUCCUGUUAUCGAAAAUUCUGAAAUGCUGUCUGAAGAGCCGUGUAUAUAUGUGUGUAAUCAUCAAAGUUGCAUUGAUGUAGCAAGUGCUGCUGGUGUUUGGCCAAAGCGUUGUACCGUGGUUUCUAAGGCUUCACUUAGAUUAGCAGGUCCCAUGGGAAUAGUUAUGUGGCUGAGCAAUACCAUUUGUAUUAACCGUUCGAGCCAUAAGGAUGCUAUUUCUGCCAUGCAGAAGGCUUCAGCAGCAGCCAAAAGAGAUCAUGUUUCUGUUUUUAUAUUUCCCGAAGGCACAAGAUCCGAUAACGACAACCUUCUGCCUUUUAAAAAGGGAGCCUUUCAUAUGGCCAUCCAGUGUCAAUUCCCAAUUCAGCCUAUUGUCAUUGAGCCGUACAAAAGGUUCCUAGAUCACAAAAAUAAAGUUUUCGAAGGUGCUACAUACAGAGUGAGGGUUUUGCCGAGAAUUGAGACUAAAGGUAUGAAUGAGUCGCAAGUUGAUGAACUUCUCAAUGAAACUCGUGCAAAAAUGGUUGAAGCAUUUGAGAGUAUGAAAGUUUCGACCUUUUAGUCAGAGAAUUACCACUCAGUCAUUAUUUAUUGAUUUUACCCAAUGAAAACCAAAUUCUUUUGUCAAACUGUUAUUUUCUAUAUAAUCGCCUGUAUAAAUUAGCUGUUUAAACUAGUUCAUGGUAAUCACUCUUGCUAAUAUUUCUUGACAUUACUUGUAAACUAUCGAAAUUAUGGAAUUCACCUCACAUUUUGCUUUUGAAAUAAAUUUUUAAACGGAAAUUCUCGUCAUUAUUUCUUUAAAUUUAAUACUUAUUUAGUUGAAGUCGGCUGGUUAAUUCCACGAUAUUUUUGAUUUUAGCCAGUCAACUUCAAGGUAUUACUUCCUUUGUGGUAUUUUCCAAAUUUCUGUCCAGCCAGUUGUGAUUGUUUCAUUUUGUGUGGUAAUGAUAACUUCAUGAAUUGAUUAUUAGAUCUAUGGUUCUUCAAAAGGAUUAUGCUUGAAAUAAUGCCGCAGCGGAAAAUUGUGACUGUAGUGCUUUAUGUACAAGCAGUUAAUUAUGAGUUCUUAGUUUAAAGGCAUGCAGCUUACGAGUUGCAAAAUGUGAGAUUAUGAUAUAGAAACCCAUUGUCAUUUAUAUGAAUGCUCAGUAGAAGAUUUGUACAAAAUUGUGACACUGCGUAUAUUCCCUUGCAUCUGAAGAUAUUCUGGAGAAAGUUCUGGGGA